AUGACAAAACCAAGAAACAUCGGAGUUCUGUCUCAUCUCUUUUUAACGGCCAUUUUAGUUGUUCCCACCUUAUCAGACGGUGGAGAUCAUGAGAGGUUUAAAAGACGUGAUCCUCUUAACAGCUUUACGUAUUACAACGGAAGUUUUGACGUUAGAGACAAACAUUAUUGGGCAGCUACAGCAUUUACGGGAAUACACGGUUACGUCGUCGCCGGAGUGUUACUUAUCGCAGGUGUAUGUUUCGCACUUUACGUAACUUUCUUUGACAAAAGAAGACGCGUUUCUUCCACUCGCUGUCCGAAGCUGGACCGUUACUAUCUUCCUCUCUUCUUACUUCUCCUCCUCUUCAUGUUUCUCUCCAUGGCAGCGUCAGGGAUAGUUAUAGCAGCGAACCAGAGCUCGAGGAACAGAACAGAGGAGAUGAAAGAAACUAUAGACAAAGCAGGAGAAGAUCUUGACAAAAACAUACGUACUGUGAUAACAUCGCUAACGAGGAUACAGUACUUGCUGCUUCCGUAUGAUCAGAAAACGACUCAUCUUCUUAAUGUCACUAGUCAUCGACUCAGAAGAGGAUCUCUGCUUAUUCAAAGCUUUGUUCACACUAAUGGUCCAACCAUUGAUCUCGCCAUAAACAUCUCGUAUGUAACUCAUCUUAUGAUUGCAUCCACUAACUUGUUUGUUCUGCUUCUGGCCUUUGUUCCUAUCUUGCUUCAUUGGCAUCCUGGGUUCAUCAUGGUGAUAUUCUUGUGUUGGAUCUUAACCACUCUUUCUUGGGUUCUAACUGGAUUUGAUUACUUCCUUCACACAUUCGCAGGAGACCUUUGUUCAGCUUUCAGUGACUUUGUGCAGAACCCACAAAACAAUACAUUGACAAAUCUUUCACCUUGCAUGGAUCCUCUUCACUCUGAUACAACGCUAAUAGAAGUCAGCUCAAUGAUCCGUAACUUCAUCACCGAGUUAAACACAAAAGUAGCAGAUUAUGCGUUAACUGGUCGGAGUAACACUGCAUCGUUGGCGCCAAAAUCUGGACUAGUAUGUGAUCCAUUUGCUGGACAACAGAUUAACAGCUACACACCACAACGCUGCUCCAAUGGCGCCAUUCCAAUAGGCCAGUUCCCAAAUGUUCUUUCGAGAUUCACAUGCCACGACAAUGUUCCACCAGAAACCUGCAAAAUUACCGGGAAGUUCAUCCCGGAAGCAGCUUACCUAAGAGUCUAUGCUUACAGCAACUCAGCUCAAGGGAUGCUUGACAUAUUACCUUCUCUUCAAAACCUAACUCAAUGCCUUCACGUGAAAGACACGUUAUCUAGCAUUGUCUCUAACCAGUGUAAACCCUUUAGGGCUUCAAUGUAUCGUCUCUGGGCAUGCAUGCUUGCGCUCUCUUUAAUCAUGAAGGUUGUGGUGUUGCUCUUCCUCGCUAAAGCAUUCCAAGAGAAAGGAAAGAGUUUUGCUAGGUUUUCGAUUUAUCCAACUUCUGGAGAAGUACAACAAGUGACUAUAUAGUGAUGACUGGUGAGUGUGUAUAUGCAUUGUUUUUUUUUUGUAUUUACUUUUUUCUUUUCAUGAAAAACAGGAGAUACAUAGAAUAUUUGAAGAAUUGUAAGUAUGUAUGACACUAUAUCAGA